AAAGUUUAAACUGGCAAUUGCGAAUUGUCAACACAAGAAAACUGGUUGCUCUACAGGCGACGAAUGUACAUAAAUUUCAAGUAUAGCUCAAAACGGAAACGACGUCGUUAUUUGUUGUUCAAAACAGUGCACGUUUGUUAAUAAAGGUAUAAGUUUUGGCUGUAAACUUAGCGGAGCUAAUCACCUGUAAUGUCUCUACCUCCGGAGAAAGCAUCCGAGUUGAAGCAAAUCAUACACAGUCACCUGCUCAAGAUGGAUAUUCAUGGGAAAAUCCGCGAAGUGUUGGCUGAGACUGUAAGAGAUGACCAAAGCUCAGCACAUGGGCCUCUGACUGAAGCAGAUUUCCUACGUGCUCUGCAGCGCAGGGGCAUCAUAGAUGAAGUGAUGAAAGACCUCCACUUUGGCCAGGAAACAACCACAGAUGCACAGUCAGGAUCUACGCCCAAGCCCGCCACUCAUGUUGAGAAAGAUGUUUUUCAGCCAAAGAAAACCAGUAUUGAUCCAUCAAGGCGAUACCUCUAUCUCCAAGUACUUGGAGGUAAAGCAUUUCUUGAGCACCUCCAGGAGCCAGAGCCAUUACCUGGCCAGGUGUGUUCUACAUUUACACUCUACCUGCACUUUCGCAACCAGAGAUUUCGCUCUAAACCAGUGCCGUGCGCUUGCGAGCCUGACAUGAAGGAAGGCUUCCUCUUGGAGAUCCACAAGGAUGGCGUAACAAAAAGCGAUGGCAGUAAAAUGGCAGAUGCAACCACCAUGCUGUCCUUAUGUGAUCCAGUCCACUUUGUUCUUAUUAAGACGGACACAUCCAGUGAGACAACGCUGGUCUCGUCCCACUUCCUGGACUGGAGGACGGUCCUCAGCUCGUCAAGUGGCAAAACCUGCUUUGCUGUGGAGUUGAUGGGCGUUGGAAGUGAAUGCAAAGUUCCAGCUGGUGUUUUGACCGUCAGUCUGGAGCUCUAUCCUCCUCUCCCAGAGACUCUGAGCGCAGACAUCGUCACCACACAGCAAUCACUCGAGAGACAGAGGACAGCAGAGAAGGAGAGACUCUUCUUGGUGUAUGCCAAACAGUGGUGGAGAGAGUUCCUGGAGAUCCGACCGUCUCACCAAUCUAAACUUGUGAAGAUCUUUGCACAGGAUGAGAAUGUCGUCAACAGACCUGUCUGUUCCUACGUGCGAGUCCUCCGGGCUGGCCGUCUCCUGGAGAGCCCCCGACAGGCAGCCCGCUUUGUGAGCCUGCUGGCCCACGAGAAGGCCCCGGUGGUGGGAGGAGGAGGCAGCAAGCAGGAGCAGUGGUGCACAUUAAUGGCUUUCCUGUGUAGAGGGAAGGGAGACUGUGAGGACCACGCUACUCUGCUCUGCAGCCUCCUGCUCGGCUUCGGCCUGGAUGCAUACGUGUGCGUGGGCACCAAAGCCAAGGGGGUGCCACAUGCCUGGGUCCUGACCCGUGGUUCUGAUGGGACCAUCACUUUCUGGGAGACUCUCACAGCACACAGAUAUCUGCACAGAGCCAUUGAUCCGGAUGCCCCUCCCCUGGCCCCUCAACCCAAAGCCUCCUCCCCUUACCGCACCGUGGGCUGUGUCUUCAACCACCAGACCUUCCUGGCUAACUGCCAGCCCUCGGAUGCUGUGGAGCUCUGCGUCUUUGACUUCCAGAAUCAGUCACGCUGGAAAGCCAUGAGCGAAGAGGCUCUGAGGUCUGUCUGUGCGCCAGGCUCCACCACCUCACUGCCCCCUCUGCCUCCUCUCUGUGCCCCGUCUCUGGAUCCUGCUGCAGCCAGCAACCAGCUGGAGCUGGAGAUGCGCUACUUGGUCUCUGAGUACAGGAAGGACUUGGAUCUGGCAACAUUGUGGGAUGACCACCUGUCCUACUUGCUGUCUUCAGCCCUGUCGGCCUAUGAAAUGGAGCGUUGUACCGGCGUCUCUUGCGGCAAUGAGGAGUUCCAGGAUGCAGUGAGGAGGGCUGUGCCAGAUGGACACACCUUCAAAGGCUUCCCCAUACACUUUUUGCACCGCAAUGCUCGUAGAGCCUUUGCCACCUGUCUCAGGUCUCCAUUCUGUGAGGAGAUAGUGUGUUGUCGUGGUGACCAUGUAAGACUGGCCGUCCGUGUUCGGGUGUUUGUAUAUCCUGAGAAUGCAUGCGCAGUUUGGCUCAUGUUUGCAUGUAAAUACAGAUCUGUACUCUGACCCGCAGACUGAUGACAUGCAGAAGCUACCAGUUUCUGUUGCACAUUGACCGCAGACGAUAUUUUAUAUCUUUGGACACUUUAUUUCCAUUUAAAAACACCUGGAUCUGCAAUAAUACUGAAAAGUUGUUGUUUUCUUACCUUCACCUGAGAACUCGAGAGGCAAACAGUUUCUCAGAAAAUUUCCACCACAAAAAGCUUGUAAGUGCUAUUUAAAACGACUCAAAAAGUUUAGAGCAUUUCAUAAUUGUCAUAAACGUCAACUUUACAUAUUUCUUGAUCAGAGUGACCAUGCUGCAACGUGAUCUCUGGUUCAUGUAGCACUCCGAGAAAGCUCUUAAUUCAGUUUUCCUGUCAGAAUUCCUCCCUGCUUCUCCAAACGGAGAGCAAUCUGACCACUGCGGACUGUUCCUAAGAUCUCAACUCCUGCUUCUCACAACUCUGCUUAAAAAAACAAAGAGAAAAACAUCUGGAGUUUGUCAUUAAGUCCAGUUACAGUAAACAAAAGUCUGUUGCUCCACUUUCAUGCUCAGGUCUCUAUUUAGUAAACCAGAAUCUUAAUUUGUAAAGUCUUUUACACUAUUUAUUUUUUGCAAAUAAACUGAGUUUUUUCCAACUUUGCUUUA